UAAAACACGAAAGUAGAAGAAGAAAGACGUGUCUGUUGAGGUUAUGGGUAUUUGUUUGGCCAAAAAUUUGCCAACAAUGUUAAACAGUUGAUUCUUAAUUAAGAUUAAAAAUAAGUAUUGCUGUUUUAUGAUCCUAAAAAAUUAAGAGAUGGGCACUGCAGUGAGUAGAAGUUUGGACCUAUCUACCAAUGAGUAUUGUUUGAAGUUCGUCGGAAAAGAGGCGAUAUCCCUAAACCACCCUUUUUGGAACAGAUUUUUAUCAUUUAAUAUAACUCCACCAACAACAAGGAACGACCAGAUACUGUUGGAAUCAAAAAUUGAGUCAUUGUGCCAAGAGCUGUUAAAAAACUCUGUGGAAUCGGGAAAUGUAAGCACUCUUAUACGAUUAUUUGUAACCAGAUCAUCUGAACUGUUAGGAGCGACCGAUUCAAAUGCCAGCAUCUUUAACUGGCAAUUAUUCAACACUCUUUUUACGAUAAGGUGUGUGUUAAAGUUCUUCAUUGAAACAACUACAGAAGAACAACUUUUGGAGCUUAUAGAACAUGAUUCCAAUGAAUCUAAUUUGGAAUCGUUUAUUGAAGCGCUAUUCGCAGUAGUUGUUGAUGUUCCAGUACAAGACACAACUUAUGGAAUUCACUUAGAAGCUAUCACAUGUCUUUUGAUAUUGUUGUCGGUUCAGUUUCAUUCUGGACAGAGAUCAGAUAACAGUGUCGUCUAUCAUACCGUCAUGAAUGGACGUCAUGUUAUAAGUUCUCCACUUUUUGUGAAAUGUCUCAUGAUCAAUUUCAUCAAUCAGCAGGCUUUGCCUCCUGGAUAUGGCGCAGGGCAUGGACAGAGCUUAGUCAUUGGAUUAGCUUCAGAGCUUUGGUCUAUUUUAACAUUUUCAAAAAAAUCUGAAGAUGCCGAAGUAUCUGAGCAGAGUGAUUUCCAACGGGCUCCGCUGGCCACGCAAAGUAUAUUAUUGCUUUUAGUGUUGGUGCAUAACUGGGCUACCGUCAACAAUCCUUACAGGCUCAGCUUAUUUUCUUGUUCAAAUCAAGAUAAUAACCCCUUGCCACCAACUAACGAAAAUUCAAUCUUCAAAUUAGAUUUUCAGUCAUUGUACUUAACUAUUUGUAAAAAAGCUAAUGGAGAUGCACCCACUCUUCUACUGUAUUUGUUGUUACAUAGAAAUGCUUCGUUUAAAACAUUUCUUUUAAGUAGGCUGGAUAUACAGGGCCUGAUUAUACCAAUUCUAAAAACUUUGUACAAUGCACCAAAUAGCCAUAGUCAUCACAUCUACAUGUCCAUUAUUAUUCUACUUAUUUUAAGUGAAGACGAUGUUUUCAACAAAACUAUUCAUCAAACCAAACUAAAAAAUAUUACGUGGUAUACUGAACGCCAACUCACUGAAAUAUCAUUAGGAGGUUUAUUAAUUCUGGUUAUAAUUCGUACGAUUAAGUACAACAUGCUAAAAAUGAGAGACAAAUAUCUACAUACGAAUUGUUUAGCCGCCUUAGCAAAUAUGUCAUCGCAAUUUCGCGAUUUACAUCCUUAUAUAAGCCAAAGAUUAGUGUCUUUAUUUGAGACAAUGGCAAAAAAGUACCAGAAACUGCAUAGAAAACUACAAAACGGAAAAGAAAUCAAGCUAGAUGAGACCACCAUUCAGAUAAAUGAUUCGACAGAAUUAGAACAGGAUGUAAAUGUACUCGAAGAAGUACUGAGGAUGGUUCUUGAGAUAAUAAACUCGUGCUUAACUUCGCAGUUGACAAAUAAUCCAAAUCUGAUCUACACUCUACUCUAUAACAGACAGGUUUUUGAAGCGUUUCGAGACAAUGUUGUAUUUCAAGAUAUAAUUUACAAUAUCGAUAUCGUAAUCAAAUACUUCUCUGAUUUGCUAAAUACGAAAUCCAACCACCAAGAAGUAGAUGCAUCUCAGGUACUACAAGUUAUUCAACAGGGAGGGCGACAGUGGCCUAGAGAUAAAUUGGCUGCGACAUGCAUGAACCCGGGAAGCUCGCAGGAAUCCGAAUCAGGCCAAGCCUCUCAGGAAGGAUUUUUCCUGAAUCCCAAAUAAAAAAGAGGUCGGAGAGCAUGCAAAACCAGCUCCAGACAGGGCUAAACCCUCUAAACAACAACCACAACCUCAACUCCCAACAUUGCCACCACCACAGCAACAACGCUACUACUUCGCACACAUCUUAGUAGAAUCUUCAAGAACAACAUUUAUAAUUCAGCUCCACAAUUACACCACUACAACUCCGCAAGUUACUAACCGAUAAAUAUCACCCUCCUAUUUGUUGAUGGCUUCACUAAACAAUCCUCUGAACGACUGCCUUCAUUCUACUCUACCCCUACUAGCCUUACCUAGACGAUAAAAUGCAUAUUUUCUAAAGCCCAUGUCCCAUACAUCCGUUUAUACGAUGAUCCGACGGACGAAUUCACGGAUCUCCAACCAAUAGAAGCAGUUCCUUCAAUAUUUUUGCUACUAUUAUAAUAGAUUAUUCAUUCAAUGAUUUAAAUAUUUCAGGGCAUUUAGAUGUGUGUUUUACAUAUGGAAGGCAUAUCUGAAUUAUUCAAUAUAUAUUUUAUAGAAUUA